ACAGAAUGACUUGAUUGGUGUUUAAAAGAGAUCGAUGUAGUGAAGAUGAGUGGGGAAGGUAACUUGGGUAAGGAUCAUGAAGAAGAUGAAGCACCACUUCCUGGAUUCAGAUUUCAUCCGACGGACGAGGAACUUUUAGGGUACUAUCUUCGAAGAAAAGUAGAGAACAAAACCAUCAAACUCGAACUUAUCAAACAGAUCGAUAUCUAUAAGUACGAUCCUUGGGAUCUUCCAAGAGUGAGCAGCGUCGGAGAAAAGGAGUGGUACUUCUUCUGCAUGAGAGGCAGGAAAUACAGGAAUAGCGUUAGACCAAACCGAGUCACCGGUUCUGGUUUCUGGAAAGCCACUGGUAUCGAUAAACCGGUUUACUCCAAUCUUGACUGUGUUGGUCUCAAGAAAUCUCUGGUUUACUAUCUUGGUUCAGCCGGUAAAGGAACCAAAACCGAUUGGAUGAUGCAUGAAUUCCGCCUCCCCUCCACCACAAAAACCGACUCUCCAGCUCAACAAGCAGAGGUAUGGACACUUUGCAGAAUCUUCAAACGAGUCACAUCUCAAAGAAACCCAACCAUCGUACCACCAAACCGAAAACCGGUUAUCACUUUAACCGACUCUUGUUCAAAGACCAGCAGCUUAGAUUCCGACCACACGAGCCACCGUAGUAUCGUAGAGCACUUGUCCCACGAGCCGCCGCUUCCUCAGCCACAGAAUCCUUAUUGGAACCAACAUAUGGUUGGUUUUAAUCAACCGACAUAUACUUGUAAUGAUAAUAACCUCUUGAGUUUCUGGAACGGCAACGGUGGAGAUUUCAUAGGAGACUCAGCAAGUUGGGAUGAACUUAGAUCUGUUAUAGAUGGCAACACUAAACCCUAGUAAUAAUUUUUCUUUUAUCAG